GCUGGUUUUAACUUCGUUGAGACCAUGAAGUGUGUCUUUGAGCUGCUCAAGGUUGUUUAUCAAAGUUACUAUUGUGGUUCGACGCAGUCGAUAAACAACGUGUUAUUCUCGAUAUCUUCUUGACUGUUCACUGUUACCAGAAGAUCAGUAUCAUGAAUCUUUCUAAAGAUCUUGCACCAAAUGAUCAAAAUAAUUUAAAGAUAUUACGUCAAGUUGAGUUUUAUUUAAGCGAAGGAAACUUAAAUCGCGAUAGCUUCUUCAAACAGGAAAUGCAAAAACGAGAUGAUGGUGGUAUCCCAAUAGAUCUGCUGCUAAAGUGUAAUCGUAUGAUCGCUAUGAAUGUCACUGAGGAUAUCAUAAAAAAUGUUGUUGGAACAUCAAAAAUUGUGAGUCUGUCUGAUGAUGGUAAGUUAUUUACUAGCCGUGAUUUUAAAAUUGAUUGAUGCAGUCUUGAAACUUGUUGGUAAUUCUGAUAAAGAAAAACUUGGCACAUUUUUUGUCUCUUUAGUAAAAUUUACGUUUUUUCUGUAUCAUUUUACGUAUGUAUAGUUUUAAUACUGUGGUUGAGGUUAACUUGAAGUACUAUAUUCCUUUUGCUUAAACCAAACUAGGGUUGGCUAUUGUCCGAGUAUUGCCGUUAUCUGAGUUGGGACCUCGUGAGAGACGAACUAUCUUAGUUACAGGACUUCCACGUUUAUCCAUCGGGAUAACUGAAAAAGUAGAUGUGGACAACACUCCUCAUAGGCAAAGUUCAAAACCAGGUGAAAAUGAGCUGAAAAACAUGACCUCAGCAAGUUGGGAACUUGGUGACUGGAUUCGGAAUGUAUUUGAAGAAUACGGUGAAGUCCUAUUUGUCAGUUUACCUCGGUAAGAUCUCAUAAAUUUACCGCUUCCUUCCCGAUUUACUUGUCCAGUAUAACACAUACAGGGUCUUGGUUUUAUCUGUAAUUUCUCACAAAUCAAUUAUCGCACACAUUUUCCCAUUUAUGAGUCGUCGUUUUAGCUAGAUUUGCUAAAAUUUCUUUAUAAACUUCAUUUUACAACCUGGGACUUCCAGUCAUCAUAUAGACUAAUUGAACUGGCAUCAAAAGACGUGUACUCAGUGAAGUAUACUUUUUAUAGCAAGAUACCACGUUUAUAUACAAACCACUGAAGACAAGAAUGUAUACGAUUAGAAUUUAGUUGACAACUAGACGAUUAGAUCAUGUAUGAACUGUAGACCAUUCAUUCUGUAAUAUAAUUAGUUCCUAAUCAUCAUCUUUAAUUCUUGCCAUGCCACACUAGAGGUCCCGGAGGUCAACAAGGCAACUCUAUCAAAAUAUUUAUAUUGAAGCCGAGUAUGACUGAAGAAUAGUAUGUUUCCAGUUGUCAUGACCUAUCGUAAGACUUCCUAAUAAAAUUUCGGAAUGUCAUUUGAGAGCUUAUGUAGUUUGAUGUACUUGUUUAGCCCCCAAAUCCCGUGGUACGGCUGAGGAUUGGAAGGGUUCGAUCUCCCUCUCGAAAUGCUCGCACAUGGUCACGCGCAUACAGCCACCACCAGGGAAGUUCUACUCACUACCUUCUCGCGGCGGGGAUGUUUACGAAAUUGAGAGGACAAAAAACGAAUGUCCGGCGCUUUACCAGGGUUUCUGAAUAUGAAGGAUCCACCUAGAGAAGUCGAAAAACUCUGAUUCCAAACCACUGGUGCAUAUGGGCUCCAGUAUGCUGAAGGAACAAAUGGCGUAUGAACCAAUUGUUGGCCACCGACUACCACGAGACUGCAUCUCCUGACAUCGCUCCACUGUAUUGUGGAUCAGACCUUUAAGUCGAAGACUCCUGGUGUGGUCCCCUAAGAAAACCACCUGCUUCAGUUUAGGCACCCGGGCAGUAUUCCAGCCCUCACACAAACCGAAUGACGAAGUGGUGCCUCUUCGUACCAAUAUUUAUGCGUUUAAAUAAAAAUAAUAAUUAGCAGUUACUUCAAAGAUAGCCUCUACCAUAAUUAUUUUUGGUUAGCGGAGUCAGGCGACAAAACCAAUUGCGGUGCACUUCCUACUGCAUAGUUUUGUUCGUUUCUGUUUAUAUCUGCUCUUCUUUAUAUCAUUAUUUUCUCGUCUUUGUCGCCCUCGUUAGUUUUUUAUUCCUGUAAUGAUGUGAAGUAUAGUGAUGCAUCUUGGACUCUGCCUAAAGCCAAUGUAAGAUCUUUGUUCUUGAUCUGGACGUAUGUUGUCAAGUAUUUUUAGUCUUAAAUUUCUAGAAUUUCCAUCAGUCCAUCUGGUUACCCUAUCAACAUCAUGGGACUACUUUAAUUUCUAUAUUAAAAACAUAAUCAACCCUUAUAAUGAUCUGAGUAAAUAAUCUUCGCAUCCUCUUUCUCAAAUAACAAAUUAAAGUUCAUUGCUUAACUUAUCUUUGUUGAUUCUUUUAUGUGCUAUAGUAAAGUGUAGCAACCUGAAAUGGUGCAGUGCUUUGCGAAUUGUAAAGCUUGUCUAGUAUUUGGUGUUUAAAUAUUUAGUUCGUAUUUAUGGGCGGUCUAAUAAGUUUUAUCAAUCCGUAAAUCACUUAAUUAUUUAGUGGUAAACCAAAAUUUUACCUCAUCAUCCUUAUCCAUUGACUACCCUGUCAGGUUUUAAUUAUGGACACUAAUCUACAUUGUUCAUCAUUGCGGUCAGUGCUAGAAUCUUAGCCAAAAUAUGGAAACUAGACGUGGCGACCUCCACCAUCGAUGGACUCAGAUUAUAUUGCCACUAACCGUUAUUGGAUGGACCCGAUAGGAAACUCGCUCAUCUUGAAGCACAUGUUUAGACUUGAGUCAUGAUCUAGUUCGAUCAUGUAUAUAUCUGUGUCUUACUGGAUGUAGAAAAGCCACGACAAGAAAACUCCUUUGAGACCAAUUUUAGGAUUAAGAAGUUCAGAAUAUAUUUCAGGAAUAACUAGAGGCCGAGCUAGUCAAGCGUGAAAUGAUCGUAAGCAGUGGUCGGUGGCGAAAGCAGAAGAUGUGACAGUAGACAACUGUGCAAACUUAUCAAGUUAACAGGUAUUGGGAAUCCCAUUGUGAGUGAAACUAUCUCAAACGAAGACGAGACUGUUAUUCACUCUCAGUGCAGGAGAUUGAACCGAUGUGCAGAACACUUUAGGAAAUGGUUCAACUGGUCUUCAGCCACACUUUAGUUGCCCACUAUCUGGCAAACUGAUGUAAGUCUUCCAACUCUUAUUGAGGUUGAAAAACUGUAAGUAAUCUAAAGCAAGGCAGAGCCUUAAAUACUAUCCCCUGAGAUUUCUAAGGAUGGUAGUUUAGUUUUAGCAGUUAGAUUAACUGAAAUCUUGGCUAAAGUCUCAGAAGUGGACGUUAUCCCAUCUGACCGGUCUGGACUGCUGAUCGUCCCAGUCCAUGAGGAAGGACUAAAAUCCUUUUAUGACAAUCAGUUUAACUAAUGUAGUGUCUAAAAUGUUAGCCUCAAUAAUACUUCGACGUCUGACUAGAGCGAACCCGAAAAAACCAGGCCAUUUUCAGACUUGGACGUGGAUGUAUGGACCAAAUAUUCAGAUUCCGGGACAUGGACAUACUUUUUGAUGUCCGACUAGUUGUAUUCCUCGACCUCAGGGCGGCGUCCAACUCCAUUGAUCAUGAGGUUCUGUGGCGGUAUCUGUCAUUGAAAGGCGUACCAACUAAGUAUAGUAACAUUGUACAGACUCUCCACUUGAACACUACUGGUCGAGUUAGAGCUGAUGGCGAACUAUCAUCGAAAUUGGUUGCUUCAAGUGGUGUUCGUCAGGGUUGUUCGCUUUCCUUACUUUUAUUCAACUUCGUCAUAGAUAUGCGUUAAGAGAUAACGCUUUCACCGUCUAACCUUUCAAGGAUUGAUCUUCCACCGAAGGAUUCAUUUGUUGGCUCAGAACAUGCAGACAAUAUAGUUCUGUUUGGUAAAUAUGCUGACGAAACAUAGUCUUCUGAUCACCUUAAAUAACAAUUCGAGCAUGUUUGGGAUGUGGUUCUCUCCCUUCAAACGUGAAGUGCUACUUCGGAUUGACUUUAGUCAUCGCCUGAGUUAGUGACAGGGAGUGAAGUAGCUUGACGCAUCGAUCGCUUCGCUUAUGUUGGAGUCUUAUUAGUCCUGAUGGUCUGGUGUCCGACGAAGUCUCGAUAUGGUUUAGAAGGCUAGAUUGGCUUUUGCUGACUUGUGGCGUAGGGAGAUGUUCGUCUACCAAUCAGGUGACGGGUUUACUGCUCAGCAGUUCUCUUCGUCCUACUUUAUGGAUGUGAAACAUGUCCAUUAAGAACAGAGAAUAUUCGUAGGUUACUAGUAUUCGAUCACAGGUGUUUACGGAGCAUUACUUGUGCAUUUUAGGACCACGGAGUAAGCCAUGACAGGGUUGUGAAUAGAGUACUAGGUAAGGGUUUGAAAUAGAUUGGUGAGGUAUUAAAUUUUCAUCAACUGAGGUGGUUGGGACAUGUGUUACGUAUGCCCAAUCACCGCCUACCUCGAUGGGCGAUGUUUUCUGGUGUAGGAGUAGGUUGAAAGAGAGCCAAGGGCGGCCAAACCGAAAUAUUUUAUUAGUCCAUGAUGUCACUGACAGUUGGACUUAGCCAUGUUGAUAGGUGUAGAUUAUCCGGUUGGAGUCCUCGUGAUUAUCAUAACUAAUGGUUAGAUUUUGAAUGACAUGGCUUUAUAUCGUUUGUAAUUGCGCAGGUGCAUCCGUUUCUUGUCUUCCCCAAAUCCUGAAAUUUUAAGUUCCUCAUAACUAUUUUGUUUUCAUUUCACUAAUGUAUAGUUUCUCUUUGAGUCGUGUCUCUGAAGCCUGAUCUUUCGUGUUACCAUUGAUACUGUUACUACCUCUACGUUAUGAUUGUUUGACUGACCUGGAUUGACUCAUUGCGUCUAAUGAUAUCACAGUAUGGUGCCAGUGUAAUCGAAGCUUUAGACUUGGUGUUUUUGCUUGUUGAUACUCAUCAGUAAGUCGUGUGUGGCAUUUCAAAGAUGCUGAUGCCUUCUCAGAGUUGUGAGCCACCACACUUCUUUAUCAUACUAAGAAACGAUAGCACAGAUAUUUCAGUUGCGAUUGUUCAAUUCAAUCAUUUAAAACCGUAUUUGACAGACUAUAGAUUUAAAUCAACUAACCAGAGUUCACACUAUCAAAGUAGAAUUUGAUGUGCUGAACGUAAUACAACGUGAUAUUUUUAUUACCCAACGAAGAAGUACACUAAAGACUUCAUGGAAAAUGUGUUGUUAACAAUGAUAUCAUACUAUGUUUGAUUGCAUAGUAGUAGAUUUUCCAAAUAACAUAAUAUAUAAUUGUGUUAAUUUUAGUUAUCAUCACUCUAAUUCGUUCCGAGGAUUUGCUUUCGUUGAAUUCAGAACGUCUAAAUCUGCUAGAAAAGCUGUUAAACACAUGUGUGCUUUCAUGGAAAAUGAAAAAUGGCUCGUGCAACCUACUGAAACAAAUGAAGUAUCUGAGUGUCCAGAAUCAGCAUGGAAACCACGACUUGCAUCUAAAGUUUCUUUUUCACUUCAGCAAAUGUUAGCCAGACGGCAUAUUUGGCGCUGUUGCUCUCGAAAGAAUAAACAACUUAUUGCAGCGUUCAAACAUUUACGUCAGGUCGGAUACACUGCUAGCAAUCCAUGUGAUAAGGAAUAUUAUUCAAUUAUACUUGGUGAUAACUCGACAGAAGCUAUACUGAAUUAUGUUAAAAACAAUCGUACUUAUGAACCAUGUCAAUCUAAACUACGUGUAUUUCGUUAUUCUGAUUGGGUAUUUUGGAAGCAAAAGUUUUAUCUGUGGCAACAAGCAUGGAUUGUAAGAAUGCAUCAUAAAACUGAAUUAUUAAUGACUAACAAAAAUAUUAACAAUGAUGAUUGUGAUGAGGAUGCCAGUAUGGAAGAGAAAGAAUGUUAUCAAAUAGAUUCUGAAAUAAAUCGAAAUUCACUGCCAGUAAAAUGUUUAGAUGAAUCUCCAACUAGACCGAAAGCACUUCCAAAUAAUUUUGUUCCGAAUUCCAUUGUUCAGAUAUAUUGGCCUUCAGUAUUGAUUCCCAAAGGAGAUUCAGCAGAUACACAUCUGUCAGAUGGUCUUGGUGAUACAUUGAUAACACCGAAGAAGUUAUCAUUCGCUCGAUGUCUGCGUAUUAGUCUAGAAAAGAAUCUCCUUGUUCCAUGUAAUCUUUUAAAAGAUGUUGCUCAUGUAGACCCAAACCCUAACCAAAGUCUAUUGGAUUCUGUUAACCAAUUUGGGUGUUGUAUAAUACCAAAUACUAAUUUAAAUGGAUCACUUUCGUCAGAUGAAUUUGUUCCUCUUUUUAUUCGAAUGAAAAAUAAUAAAACUGCUCUGAAAUUGGUACAAUCUGUUAAUCUUUCUACAAUUCAUGGAGUAACAGCACGUAUUCUUGAAGGUCCUAGUGAACAAGCGUACUGUGAUAAUAUUAUCAAGUCUAAGUUAAAUGCUAGAGAACGUCAUCGGACUUCACAAUUAAACAAACGUCAAAAACAAAAAUCUGCAGAUCAUCAUCCUACAUCAAUCACUAAUUGUAUACCUCCAAGUAAUAAGACUGAUCACAAGCAUAUUGUAUUCGAUGAAUAAAUUUUCACACGUUUUUGUACAUAUACUCCGAAAUCUAUUUUGCAUACUAGACUCUAAUUUUAAACAUGUACACAGUGAUACUUCUCAAGUUUUUCGCACAAGUAAUUUUGUUUGAAAUAGCUACUUUACAACGA